GCUCAGAGCGCCAAAGCUCUAGCUUCCGGAGCCCUAACGACUCUGUGAUCUCGGACUGCAAGGAUGGCCCGCAGCACGUUCCUGCCUCUGGUCCUGUUGGGACUUUGUGCGCUGUGUGCCUGGAACUGCACACCCAGCACCUUCGUGGCACCGCGGGGCACCGAGGUCGAGGUUGGCAAGGAGCAGAAGCUGAGGGAAGGCGUGGCUCUGGGACUGUCUGCCGGGCUGCUGACAGCGGAGCCUGCCUACGCCAAUGUGUUCUAUGACGAGAUCCUUCCCUACUCUCUGACCAUCAGCUUCGCUAUCAUUUGGGGCAUCAUCCUGGGCUUUGUUCUGCUGCGACUUCAGGAGGCAUUCCCGGAGUGAGCUGCCAGUGGCGCAUUUUUUCCUAGCAAAUUGCAAUUGGGCCACCCAGGCCGGCAUGCGCAGGUGGCAGAAAUCAAGCGUGGCUGCGUUUGAUUGUCGAGACACAGCAAUGGCUGCAGUUAGU